AAGUUGACUUUGCUCUUGCUACUCCCCCUCCACGACUCGGAGGGCGGUGCGAGACAGCGGGAGGAGGGGGAAGGGAGAAAGGGGCGGGGCCCCCGUCUUGGGCGCGCGUAGUUGAAAGACCGUUACUCUGACGGUUGGUGUCGGUUCGUUUGGAUCUCUCGGACCCUGCUCCGCCUUCCUGACACUUUCUGUUCACCAUGGCCGAGGCCCGAGCUUCGCCGCCGCCUCCUCCUCCUCCCCCGUCUUCUCCUUCGUCCCCCUUGGCCCGCGCCGCCGCUUUCUCCUUGUCCCCGGAGCUCCCGGCAGUUUUGGCCGGGAGAAUCCAGAACCGGGGCCGGGGCCGGGGCCGAGCCGUGGAGCCGCCGUCCGUGGACCCGCUGGAGGAGGUAGAGAUGCAGAUCGAUGAUGCAGCCUUUUCGUUAAUGAAACUUCUUGAGGCCACAUCUGCUGUUUCAGCCCAGGUGGAAGAGCUGGCAUUCAAAUGUACUGAAAAUGCCCGGUUCCUUAAAACAUGGAGGGGUCUGCUAAAAGAAGGCUAUGAUUCCUUGAAACCAGACAACCAAUGCAGCGCAACCAACUAGAUGUUGAAAUAAUGACUGCUACAGGAAAUUGGGGGCAGAUUUGCUACAUGUAUAAUGCUUGCACUUUUUCCCAUGUGAUAUUUGCACCUAUGGAUGUAUAAGACUUUAUUUCCAAUAGUUAUGGAUAUUUAUGACACUUUGCUUUGUAAUUGAAUAUUAAGACUUUACUUCCUUGUGUAUCUUUUCCUGUUUUAAAAAGGAAAAUAUUUACUUAAUUUUGACUCUGGAUUGUAUUUGAUCUUGUUCCUGAGUCAGUUUGUGCCUACCAAACUUUCACAAGCUUGUUUUACUUUUAAAAGUAAAUUUUAUCUGUGAUUAAGAAACUCAGAAAUACAAUAACUCAGUUUUAGAGUGCUUUAUUACAAAUGCUUUCCCUACAACAGUCCUCAGACUAGGUAGUAUUUUAGUACUUUAGUAGACCUAUGAUCUCAUCAGUGAGGAUAUUCCCUCCAACAGUAUAGAUCACAGCCUAUUCAUGCUUUUUCCUCUUGUGUGGCUUUUAUUUAUGUGCUCUUAGCAAUUUGCCCUAAGGUAUCCACUCAAUUUUCUGAAAGUCUUCUUGGCAGUCUUUUAAAAUUAUGCUGGUACCAGAGCAGUACUCCAGGCUGUUCAGUUCCUUACUUUUGCUAUUUGGUUGGCCCACUUUCUUUUCUGAUAAUGCAUCUCUAGGAUGGUACCUUCUGGGCUGCCACUUGUGUGCACAUCAUUGUUGGUGAUCUGUUAUACUACUGGUUUGUGCUCACCAUAUGUCUCACUUUUGCCCCUUUGGGUCACCUAAAUUUUUAGAUAUUGUGAUGUUCUGUGAUUCAUAGCUAUAUUGUUUCACUGGAAGAAUGUUGCUUUAAAAAAAAAAGAGGGCUUUUAACUCAGGAAGCAGUUUGGAAUUGUUGGAAGUACUGUUAUUUCUGAAAAGCAUUUCAGUCUGUAUUCCUGCUAUUCAGUCCUGGGUCUAGUUCGUUGUCCAUGUGAGAGUAUGUCUGAGAUACUAAUAGCCAAACUCAGUACCUAUUCACUUGUAUAUCAUAGGUCUAGGAUAAUGACCAUUAGGUCAUUCUUCAUUCAUGUAGUUUUUCCUGUCUUUAUUAUUGGGUCAAACUCUGUGUACUAUAUAUAUAUGUAUAUCUCCUCAUUUUCCUGAUGAAACUGAGUCUCAGAGAAAGUGGGAGAGCUAGAACUUGAGUUCCAGCACUCUGGCUUCUAGUUCUAUAUGUUCUUUCUACCAAAUCACACUCUGUGAUAUUAAUUCUUUUGGUUCAAUGCUGAAUUGCCAAUAGAAAUGUUAUUUUUUUUUCCUUCAUGUUUCUAGAAUGGAAAUACUGGCCAUUGGAAGUAUUGGCCGUUUUCCCUCCCUUUGAAUGUACAAUCUAAAGCUUCCUUGAGUAGGGGGAAAAAUUUUUUCCUCAACACAGGUGUAGAUAACCACUGCCUUACUUCUUUUAAAUAUAUGUAAACACAAUAGAUGAAUGCUUUUAAAAGUAUGGAUGAUGGAAGUUUUUUUUUUAACUUUUUAUGAAACCUGGGAUUUCACUCAAAACAUUUUUAAAAGUUACAUGGGACACAUGUAUAUCCCUCAUGUUUCUUUACUUAGCUGUAUUUUUUUUUUACCGACAAUUACAGUUUCUUAUAUCUAAUCCUUCUGUACAUUUGAUUAUUAUUUUUAAAGUGCCUUAUGCUUGUAUAAUUCCAUGAUAUUACUUUGUGGAUGUAUGUAAGUUAGUGUUUCUGUUGUAAUUUGUAUGUAACUUAGUGUUUCUGUAACUCCUUUGAAAGCAGUGACUUGUUUUAAUUGUUUCAGUGUUACUGAAUUUAAAAUUCAUUCUUAACUGCUUUUUGUAAAUUUUUUAGGGCUCCAACUGUGAUAGCCACAGUUUUUUUUCCUGAAUCUUUUGUUGCUCCUUUGGUUAGUUUACACUGUGUGUUGAUACCAAAGCUAUCGAAAUCUGUUACAUAAAAUCUGUGAAAUCUUUGGUGGCAUAAUGUUAAGAAUUUUGUGUAAAUAGAUGCUUAGAGAAUUAAGUCCUGAAAUCCCUUAAUGGGAGAGAUAAAAGAGAGUAACAGUUGCUAGACUAGCCACUGAGUCACAGUUCUGUAUUUUAUCUGAAGAAGAUAAGUUUAGGAAAGGAACUGGUAGACCAUUCUGUACCAUGUUCCCUGUACCAAAAAGGUAGUUAUUUCAAUGAUAGAGGAAAUAUUUUUAAAAGAAUGUGGUAGA